AUGCAGUUCUCCAUCGUUGCUCUCUUCGCUACCGGCGCUCUCGCCGCUGUCUGCCCUACUGGCAUUUAUUCAAACCCUCUCUGUUGUGUUACCGAUGUUUUCGGUGUUAUUGGUCAGAACUGCGAAGCUCCCAAAUCGGCCAUUUUUGAUGGCCUGUCUUUCCAGAACGCCUGUGCUGCCGUGGGCCUAGACCCCCUGUGCUGCGUUGCUCCCGUUGCCGACCAGGGUAUCCUUUGCCAGAUACCCGUUGGAACCCAGUGAGACAAGCUGGUAUUCAGUGGAUUUUU